AUGAAAAAGACCAAUGGCAAAAUCACUGAUCAAAUGCCCAGAUCAGAAAUUUUUCCGGUGAAUGCUAAUAGACUUCUGAUUAGUUCCACCAUGAAAAUUGCACUAAGCGUACCAUCCUUACCGCCAAGAUUCAUACCUAUCUUUCUGGUACUUGGUUUAUGCUGUGUAGCUUGCAAUGCUAAGGAUCACCAUCACUGUCAGCCUUCAUCCUGCGGCAACAUCCGUAAUAUAAGUCACCCUUUUCGACUCAUUGAUGAUCCGAAGAAGUGCGGUGACUCCAGGUAUAAUCUGUCUUGUGAGAACAAUCUCACUGUGUUACACUUGUAUUCAGGAAAAUACUAUGUGCUUGCCAUCAAUUAUGAAAACGCCACAUUUCGAGUUGUGGAUGCCAAUGUUCAUAAGGGUAACUGCUCUUCAAUCCCUCAUUAUUCGUUGUCCGGCUAUAACUUCAGUCAUGAGGAUCCAUAUAGCAUUUCUCUAAGGAAAGGUAAAAAGAUAUGGAACACACAUAGCUUCAAACUGUCAAAGCCUAUCAUUUUCAUGACAUGCGAAACUCCGCCAGUGAAUUCAUCUUUCUUUGUUGAUACUGCCCCUUGCAAUAUUGAUUCAAUCAGUGUGAGUUUUUUGGUUCACACCGGAAGCUUAUAUGCCUCGGAGUUGUUGGAUUCAUGCAAGAUAGAGUUGAUGGUUUUGACAUCUUGGAAUGGUACAAAGGGCAUAAACAGUUCCUACAUAGACAUCCACAAUGAGCUGCUCUACGGCUUUGAACUUUCAUGGUUGAAGAGCUUCAAUAGAGUUGCGAAAUGGCAUAUUCUUAAAUCGACUUGCUAUGUUGACAGUGAUACCAACAAAGUUGAUUGUGGUAAGUAUAUCAUCACUGUGACGAAAGCUGUACUUGGAGUUCCUUGUGUGAUUGUGUUUCUAAUCUUCAAGUUGAGAAGACGCCAUUUAUCAAUGUACAACGUUAUUGAAGAAUUCUUACAGAGUCACAAUAACCUCAUGCCAAUAAGGUACUCCUACUCUGAUAUCAAGAAGAUGACCAAAGGAUUUAAGGACAAAUUGGGGGAAGGAGGUUAUGGUUCUGUGUAUAAAGGGAAGCUUCGAAGCGGCCGCCUGGUUGCUGUUAAGAUGUUGGGAAAGGCCAAAGCUAACGGGCAGGAUUUUAUGAAUGAAGUUGCUACCAUUGGAAGAAUUCAUCAUGUGAAUGUGGUGCAAAUGAUCGGUUAUUGUGCUGAGGGAACAAAGCGUGCUCUUAUAUACGAGUACAUGUCAAAUGGGUCUCUUGAUAAGCACAUAUUUUCUAAGGGACUCAUUACCUUAAGCUGCAAGGAAGCAUUUGAAAUUUCACUAGGAGUGGCCCGUGGUAUUAAUUAUCUGCACCAAGGGUGUGACAUGAAAAUUCUGCAUUUUGAUAUCAAGCCACACAACAUUCUCCUUGACGAGAAUUUGGUUCCAAAGAUUUCAGACUUCGGUCUGGCAAGAUUGUGCCCCUUAGAUGACAGCAGUUUAACUUUGACCGCAGCAAGAGGAACCAUUGGAUACAUAGCUCCGGAAUUGUUUUACAAGAAUAUUGGAGGUGUGUCGAAUAAAGCUGACAUGUAUAGUUUUGGAAUGUUGCUGAUGGAAAUAGCAGGAAGAAGAAAGAACUUGAAUGCAGUCGCGGCCCAUUCAAGACAAAUUUACUUUCCUUCAUGGGUUUAUGACCAGUUCAGUGAAGGAAAUGAGAUGGAAAUCGAAGAUGCAACUGAUGAGGAUAAGAAGAAAACAAAGAAGAUGUUCAUGGCAGCAUUGUGGUGUAUACAAAUGAAGCCAAGUGACCGUCCUAGUUCGAUGAGUAAAGUAGUAGAUAUGCUUGAAGGAGAAGUUGAAUGCAUUCAAAUGCCUCCAAAGCCUUUCUUAUAUCCACAAGAUACGCCAGUUGUUACCUAUGAAGAUGGUUUGGGAACAACUUUGUCAUCUUCAAUGCAGUGA